AUGUCUCGGGUCACCCCAACCUCUGACAGCUUCUCAGGGCAAAGCAUCAGAAUAUACGGAGUGCGAGCUCGUGGAACAACAAACACAGCCGGGCGAACGCAGAUCGAGGGAAAACACCAUACCCAAGCUAAUCCUCCCGAAAUCUUCGUCGUGCUCGGAGCCAAAGAGGCUUCGCUCUCCGCAUCAACAUCGUCAUCAUCUCGCACCGUCCGUCCGACCGGAGUGAAAGAACUCGAACAUGCUCCCCGGCUUGACGAAUGCAUUGCGCGGCUGCUCAGUGAGAUGGAGGACGUCAAGGUGCCAUCUCCAAGCUUUCUUACAACGCGUAUUCGGGGUGAAAACAACGAUAGCAACGGCCUCGUUUCAGCACUACGUCUCUAUCCCAUCCAGGAAGUCCUAGUCCGCUAUAUCUCCAUGAAAGAUCUCGAAGCGAUUGCCUGUACGUCUUCAGCACUUUCAAACUCUUUGAACUUAAAAGAGACUAGGCAUUUCUGGAAGUUCAGAUUUAAGAAUGGAAGGGGUGGUAGUUCAUGGAAGCGUGUGAGGCAUGACGCAUACUUCAAGGCUCUCGAAGACAUGCCCGAGCCUCGAAAACGGAAGCUAAGCGGGGACGAAGAGCUUCCUUAUGCACCGCCGUGGCGCCCUCAGUCGCGAGGACCAAAAAGAAUUCAGGUAGCACUUGGACGGCACACUGAGCAGAAUGAGCGUCAGGAAAGGACACCUUGGCCGGAUAUCCCCCGACCUGCCCAAAGUCCCCGUGGCUUAUAUCCUGCUCAUAACCAUGCCUUGGGCCAGUCUUCCAUUUCGCAACAACUAGGUCAGCCGACUGCGCAGCCACCCCAAACUUCAACUCGACCGACGAAGGGCCCUUGUCGUCGACAGCCGGAAGACGACGAAAAUUGGAACGGGGUCAUAUGA